AUUUCUUAUUGGUUACAUGUAAAUUUUACCCGUCAAGCCAAAUCUGACAGAAAAACAUGCACACAAAUGUUGUAACUUUACCAGCAUUCCCAAAAGUUCUUAAUUUUUUUUACAAUAAGUAAAUUACGAAAUGGAACCUACAACAAUUUUAUUUGCCCCUCUCAGUGCGUGGGGUCACAUUAAUUCUUGCCUACAAAUAGCUAAAGUAUUACAAAGUAGACACAACUGCAAAAUAAUUUUUAUAACGAACGAAACUUGGGCUGGAAAAUUAGUUCAAUACAAUUUUCGCCAUGAAACUUACGCCACAUCCACGGCUGAAAAUAAUUCGCAACCUAUUCCAUCUCAAAAUUGGACGGAUUUAGUGAAACAAUCCGGACAGGAAGUAAUGGGUCAAAGUUCACUCCAAAAAAUUACGACUUUUGGUUACAACGCGUACAAGCACAUGGUAGACGAAGUGAUUCAAAGUGAUUCACAAAUUAAGCAAAUCCUUGAAACAUUAUCAACAAUUAAACUAAUUGUAAUUGACAAUUACAUCCUGAGCCCUUCCCUGGUGAAAUAUUGUGUCGAUAAGUGCAUUCCUUGGGUCCGGUUAAGAUCCGCGAGCCCGAUGGAAAUCAAUCAGACAAAUCUUCCCCCACAAAAUAGUGGAUAUUCAAUCAAAAAUCCUGAUCUUCAAGCAUGGGAUGAAUUUACGCAAAAACAAACGGAAACAUUUUCCCCAUUGGUGGCAAAGUUUUCAACGUUUUUCAAAGAAAUUUAUCCCCCACAAGAACUUCCCCUGAACGAUUUUAUCAUGGACUCGCCACACUUAAAUUUGUACAUGUAUCCACAAUCCAUCGAUUAUACGGGGAUUCGUCCCAUGCCAGCAAAAUGGGAACGGAUUAAUGCUGUUGUACAAGACGAUGAUCAUGAAGAUGAAGGUUAUAAAUUUCCGGAAGGAUGGUUGAGCAAGUCAAAAAAUUGGAAAGUCAUUUGCUUAUCAUUGGGAACAUUCGGGUCUGCAGAUUUAGAACUGAUGACAAAUCUUAUCAAAAUGCUGGCAGAAUAUCCUGCAUAUUUUAUAGUGUGCACAGGACCGCAUCACGAUACUUUGAAGCCACUCUUGGGAAGUAACAUGUCCGGUGAAAGCAUCCUACCGCAGGUGAAAGUCCUUGCGAAAAUUGACGCCAUGAUUUGCCACGGUGGAAAUGCAACGGUGAACGAAUGCUUCUACUUUGGUCGACCCAUGAUUCUCAUGCCGUUUUUUGGCGAUGAGUACGACAAUGCUCAACGGGUUCAUGAGGAAGGGCUCGGCAUUCGUCUGGACCCUUACAAAUGCACGAAGAAUGAAUUAUUUGCUGCCUUGGGGGAAGUCACGGGGGAUGAAAUGAUGGAUCAGAUGAAGCUCAUUUCUUCCCAGAUUCGACAAGAGGGGAGUGGUGCUGAUAAGGCUGCUAGUUUGAUAUCAGAAUUACUAAAGACUUAUAAUUAAAAUUUAGACAUUGUAAAUAAUUGAAAACUAAUUGUAAGUACUUGCAGAAUGACUUUUACUUAUGUAUGACUACGACGUUAAUUUUUAUGUUAACUACAUAUUUAUUACAUAAUAUUCGAUAAGGAAUUGUGAUACAAACUACGGAAUUGCAACAUAUGAAAAAUUUUAUUCUUGUCAUAAAACUAGCCAUUUAUCACGAAAUCUAUUAAAAAUCCUUAAAAAUCUGAAUAACUUUAUCCACAUCGGACAAGUCA